UCCAAAUAAACGAGCUUAUACAUUUUUUUAUGGAUCAUAAAAAUUCUUUAUUCUGCUAGCAGGGUAGUGAUUGAAAUAAAGAAACUAAUCAUGGUAGUAUAUUCAUUUUUAUCACACCAAUUAUUCCAAAAAGUGAAACAGGAAGCAGGUUCCAAAUCUUCCUUAAUCUUUUUAAGAAGAGGGGAGAAGUUUAUGUAAAAUAAAUCUUUGAGCUUUGGAGAUACAUUCACCCCAAGAUAUUUGAAUCCAAUCUGAGCCCGAGUAAAGGGUUCACGUUUCUCCUAGGAAGCAGAUGCUGUCGUGUGAUAAAGGAGAGCUAACUAGUGGGUGGAAAUUGGCAAAUUCCAAAAAUAAUUGAGAGAAAGUGGAUCGAAAAAUGGCACUUAAUGUCACUGUGCAGAACUCUUACAUAAGUACAGAGAUAAUAUUCUUUGUCAAUACAGUCCCAAAUCCAGGAGAUAGUUUUCAUAUGAAAUUGACUUAGGCAAGCCCAGUACCCAAAUUUUGCUUGGGCUAACACGUCCAGAUGCACUUAUGAAGGCCUGCAUAAGUAGCUGAAUAGUGGAGGGAAAAAAAGCACACUAAUUAGUCACAGGUGAUUUUAGAUUGCUAUGUCACUGAUUUCCUUGGGAAACUAAUUAAGGGCUACAUGAUAUACAUAUAUAUAUAUAUAUGGGCUCACAGGGGCUUCUGAGCUCUUGCGUAAUGUUUUAGUUUGUGGUGGUGUAGGUAAACGUGUAAGAAGAGUAGAAAUGUUGUGGCAAAAAAGGGAAACAUGGUUUAUGUUUAUAGCAGUAUUGACAUUGAUCCCCUCAGCAUUUUGUCUUGUAGUUCCUAAGGGUAAAUUGGUUCAGGCUGGUACACUUAUCAUUGGCUCCAGCAGAAUUACAAAUGAAACCAAGGAUGGCACCGUUCAGAAAGUGCAUGACGAAUAUGUUGGAGAUACCAACGGAUACCAAUCUGAUCAGCCAGAGUUAACAGGUAGAAAUGUAAUCCAUCAUUUGCUAUGUGGCAUCAUGUUGUUGUCCUGGUGUUGGUGUAACUAUUUUCACUUGCUUGCCAGAAGGGUCCCAACUGUCAACCUUAAUGCUCAGGCGCUGGAGUCCGUCAGUGCAGUGUGAUGAUGAUUCAAUGUCCUUGCAUAUCCAGGGAAGUCGAGUACCCAACUUCUUGGUUGAGACAAGUGAGUGUGCUCUUGCUGAAAUUUUCCUGCAUCAAAGGUUUGGUUUUUAAGACCACACCAAUUCCACUACAGUACAGUUGAAAGCAGUACUUUAUAGAACCGUCUGUGGUCUAAAGCAAGUGUGAUGCUUUAUCUCUGGAGGGUAAAGGCUUGUGCUCAAUUUUUUUUCACUGGCCUUAUUUAUCUUGCUGCAUGUAAUUGUAAUUAAGGGCUAUACAAGUGUCCUAUUCCUUGUGACUGUCUGGGAUCUUGCAAGUAUUGACUAACUUGCUACAAACAAGUGAGAUCUAUUUUCAAAGUGGCGGUCAAGCUCGCAUGUUGACCAGCCUUGCUUUCAAAAUGGAACUACUCUCCCUUCAGUUUGAACUGAUUAAAAUGCAAAACAAUUGUUCUCUGGCACAGAAUAAAACUUUGCUUUCUUUAGGUGAAGAGGGCCUAGUACCAUUAUCACAAAUGCCGUCCCACUGCGGCUUUUCGUUGAGGAGGGCCCACGGAGACGUUGCACUCAUUGCCAAGUACGCUGGCUGUAACGUUGCACAGCAGGUAACCUGCAGUUGACUGGCCCAUCGUAGAGAUGCUAAUUGCAUGUAUAUUCUUAUCCUCAAAAAAAUGUUCCUGUUACUGAUUAGUCUAAAUACCUUUUUUUUGUUUGUUUUUAAAGAAAAGGGAUACAUUUGCAUUUUAUGUUGGGGGGUCUUUUUUUUUUUUUUUUUUCCCCAAAUGUGUUCUUGAUGAGCAAGUCAGAUUGGUAAUUGCAGGGGAAUAGCUACAUCCUGCUGUUACGGGUUUCGGGAGUUGCUGUGAAGAUGGUCUGUCCUGUGGCUUGUCCUCUCACUGUCUCCUGUAGCCCUUCAGCUAUGGUUGUCAAUCUUGGUGUGUCUACAGCUGCUCUCAGGCUGAAGGUGAAUGGUGUGUGGCAACCUGUGUACCAAGCUUCUACCUGUGGAUUUACCUUGGAAGUUGUGGGAGGUGGACUGACCCUCACUGCACCAUAUGCAAGCAACUGCUGGCAAUUUGAGGGUGCCAAGAUGCUUUUGUCUGUGCAAUACAUGGAUAGGGAGUUGACCUUGUCCUGCCCAGCUGUUCAGCCCCCAGCUACUACUCCUUUACCUGCUCACAUGUAUGUCCCACAUGUUCAUAUGGGUUACCCUUUUCCUUAUGGUUCUUGUAUAACAUGGCAUUUCCAUUCUAGGGAUCCUGGAGCUUCCACAGAUGCCCCCAUGACUACCUUGGCUACUACGGUUGCACCAGCUAGUGCUGGUCAGCUGCCUUUGUAUCCUUGGUUAUCUGGAAUGUAUUAUCCUAGUGGCUAUGGAAUGCCAUGGAAUUUCCCAUAUGGCCAUCCUGGAACUCCCCCAGUUACCCAGACCACUACAACUACUCCGGCUACUACAUCUACUCCAGCUGCUGCUACUACAUCUACUCCAGCUGCUGCUACUACAUCUACUCCGGCUGCUGCUACUACAUCUACUCCAGCUGCCACAGUUGCACUAGCUAGUGCUGGUCAGCUGCCUUUGUAUCCUUGGUUAUCUGGAAUGUAUUAUCCUAGUGGUUAUGGUAUGCCAUGGAAUUUCCCAUACAGCCAGCCUGGAACUCCCCCAGUUACCCAGACCACUACAACUACUCCGGCUACUACAUCUACUCCAGCUGCUGCUACUACAUCUACCCCAGCUGCCACAGGUGCACCAGCUAGUGCUGGUCAGCUGCUUUUUUACCCAGACCACUACAACUACUCCGGCUACUACAUCUACUCCAGCUGCUGCUACUACAUCUACUCCGGCGGCUGCUGCUACUACAUCUACUCCAGCUGCCACAGUUGCACUAGCUAG